UGAGACAAGUGACGCGUUAACGGGGAAGAAGAAGAAGAGGAGUCCGGUUCUCCUGCACCCGGGACCCGGAUGGACCUCAGCGACCAGGACCGGGACAAGGCCGGGAUGAAGGAGGAGAACCAGGACCCGGGUUUCAUCGACCCGGAUCCCGACAAGACAUGGAUGAAGGAGGAGGACCAGGACCCGGACUUCAUAGACCCAGACCACUACGAGAUUGUGAUGAAGGAGGAGAACCAGGACCCGGAGUUCACCGACCAGACAUGGACGGAGGAGGAGAACCAGGAACCAGACUCCUACAACAUCGUGAUCAAGGAGGAGAACCAGUACCCGGAUUUAUUAGACCAGAUUGGGAUCAAGGAGGAGAACCAGGACCCGGGUUUCACCGAGCAGACCGGGCUGGAGGAGGAGAACCAGGACCCGGGUUUCCCCGAGCAGACCGGGCCAGAGGAGGAGAACCAGGACCCGGGUUUCACCGAGCAGACCGGGCCGGAGGAGGAGAACCAGGACCCGGGUUUCACCGAGGAGACCGGGCUGGAGGAGGAGAACCAGGACCCGGGUUUCACCGAGCAGACCGGGCCGGAGGAGGAGAACCAGGACCCGGGUUUCACCGAGCAGACCGGGCUGGAGGAGGAGGACCAGGAGCGGAGAACUGAGCCUGAUCCCGGUCUACAGGAACAGAGACGCACACAUGUCCCUCACAUCGAACAGAAGGAGCACAGCUGUGGCGAGUGCGGGAAAACGUUCUCAUCCUCCGGUGGUUUAACGAUCCACCUCAGCACAGUUCACGCUGGAGAGAGACGCUACAGCUGUGAUGAGUGCGGACGCUCCUUCACCAGCGCCACUGGUUUGAAAACCCACCGGCGGCGACACACGGGGGAGAAACCGUACAGCUGUGAGGUGUGUGGGAAAACGUUUCGGGCUCUGAGCACGGCGAGGAUCCAUCAGCUGAUUCACAGCGGAGAGAAACCGCACAGCUGUGAGGAGUGCGGGAAAUCGUUUCUGACGUCAAACAGACUUAAGACUCACACACGCAUCCACACCGGAGACAAGCCGUACAUGUGUGAACAGUGCGGGAAGAGCUUCACCAGGUCCAGCUACCUGACGAUCCACCAGCGGAUCCACACCGGGGAGCGGCCGUACGGCUGCGGCGAGUGCGGGUCAGCGUUCAGCACGUCACAUGGUCUGAAAACCCACGAGCGCAGCCACACCGGUGAGAGGCCGUACGGCUGCGAGCAGUGUGGGGCGUGUUUCACCACGCCCACCGCUCUGAAGGGUCACAAACGCCGGCACAGCGGAGAGAAGCUCUACAGCUGCACCCAGUGCGGGAAAGCUUUCACAGCGCUGGGUCACCUGAUAAACCACCGGCGUCUCCACAGCGGAGAGAAACCGUACAACUGCGAUCUGUGUACGAAGUCUUUCGUGACGUCAACUCAGCUGCAGACUCAUCGACGCAGCCACACCGGGGAGAAGCCGUACGGCUGCGACCAGUGCGGGAAGAGCUUCAGCAGGUCAGGUGAUCUGAAAAGCCACAAACGGGUUCACAGCGGCGACCGACCGUACGGCUGCGACCAGUGUGAGGCAGCGUUCAGCAGAUCGGACGUCCUGAAGACACACAGACGUGUUCACACCGGAGAGAGACCCUUCAGCUGCCAGGAGUGUGGGGCCAGUUUCACCAGAGCCGAUCAUCUGAAGAUCCACAGACGCGAUCACACCGGAGAGAAACCGUACGGCUGCGACCUUUGCGACAAAGCCUUCGCGUCUUCGAAACAGCUACGUGUCCAUCAGAGGAUUCACAGCGCCGAGUCCAACCCGGAUUAAAAACCCUCCACCGUGUUCACAGGUUCUGGUUUCAUGGACUCAAUGGUUCAGAGCAUAGAUAUGAUAUAUAAAGGCUAGAUGUCUCGUCUGCGUUUCCGGCCAACGGAGACGAACGUCCGCACAUGGCGGCCAUCUU